CUGUCCAAUCAGAGCGCGAGGCUCUUGUUUGGGGUAUUAAGGAAGAAAAAAACACAACUGUCUACCACAACCUGCGUAAAAGGACUAUUUCAAACCUUUGUACGGCACUUUGUCUUAACACGUUUGUACGGAAACUGUAACGUGCAGUGAAGUGUAAGAGGCAGUGUUUUAUUUCUAUCGGCUGUGUCGCGCACUCUAACCUAAAUGCAGCAAGGGUUUGCGAGCUAGCAUUGUAGCUAGCAGUAUAUUAGUGCUUUAACGAAGAGGUGGUUUCUUUUACUUGGUAAGUGAAGUCUUGUGACAGUAUCUUGACUGCUUUAGGGAUUAAAUUUGCAACGAGCUUUCUUGUAUCUGGAGGACAGUGGCAGGGCUGUUUUUACAGAAGCCAACUGAGUUUUCAGUGGAAGAGUUUGCAGCCUCUGUACCAAAACAGUAAUUUGACGACGUGUUGUGCAGUCAGUUAGCAAUGGUGCAAGGACGGGGGAGCGUCAUCAACACCAGAAAUACAAGCCUGUGUAUUCAUCUGUUUAACAAAACGUGCCUUCUGAUCUGGACUGACAAUUAAAAUGGUGUGUCACUGUCAGAGUCCUGUGUGACAGACUUCCUUCAGAACUGGAUAUAAUCCCAACAGAAGAUGGAGAACUCUUCUCACACAUACAUCUCUGACUUUGGAGACAAAGAGGAUAUAGAGGAGGAAGUUAUUUGUCAAGCAGAAGACAUGAAUAAGUCUUUGCACCAAGAGCCUCACAAACAACCCAGUCAGGGUACUGAGAGAGACCAGGAAUCUUAUCCUUGCCAGCACUGUGAGAGACAUUUUGCCAGCAAACAAGGCUUUGAACGACACAUGCACAUCCAUCUUUUGGUGAACAAUGAGGCAAAUGCAUACAAAAGCAAAGAGAGCAACCCGUCUUUUGGUUCAAAACUAGAUCAGCUGCAGCAUGAGAAGAUGAAACCUCUCGAUUCAGUAGGCUCAGUCAUGCAACUUCAUACUUCAUCCCCUACUAGCUCUAAUACCUCAGUUUUGUCAGCUGGUGACAAGCUAAACAGACAGGGAGUAUUAGAUGGCCGUCAUGCUUGCAAGUUCUGUGAAAAGAUAUUCACUACAUAUGCCAACAGAGAACAGCAUGAAUGCAGGAUCCAUAAUCAGCACCUGCAACUUGCAUGUGUAGAAAAAAACCAGCUGAUGGAGGAGAAAACUCACAAGAUAUUCAGUGAAACAGCUCAACAGGAGAUAGAGCUUGGUAAAAAUAGAGCACCUGCUGCAAUUCUGGAGAAUGAAGAGGAGCACAGAGAGCAAUACAUGCUAGAUGUUUCGAGCAAUAUUUCAGAGAAUCUCAGCUUUUACAUUGAUGGAAAGAUAGUGUCAACAAGUACAGUGAGUAACUGUGAAGCAGCUGAGGUUCAUUCAGGGUCUUCAACUUUAAUUGGACUGGAUGCCCUGAUUCUAGACCCCGCCCACAUCAGCCAGGUUUUACAUACAGAUCCAGUUACAUGCAAAGAUAUACCUGGUCAACCACUGGCUAAGAGAAGAACUGCAACACCACCCAUUUUACCACAAAUUAAAACUGAACUGGAGUCUGAGGUCGUGGUGUCGUCUUCUUCAUCAUCACUUGUAUCGUCUUUAAUUGAGACUCUGCUUCCUCAGAAUACAGAGUCUACAGUUGUUCAAAACGAAAGAACUGUGUUUCUGUCUCCUAAGCUGAAGCAACUCUUGGAGAAGCAGGAUGGACUUAACCCUACACUUGCCCUGAUCACAGAUGGCCAAAAGCCUUGUUCACCUGUCUCUCUCUCAGUCCUGCCUGCUGGAACAGGAAGGUUUAAAAGAAGGACUGGUUCGCCAACAAGCUCUCCACAGCAAAACCCAUCAUCUGUUGAGGAAACACCAACACCACCUACAGAGGAUCCUGGAAGUGCAGGACAGAUUGAGACCCCACAUAGCUCACCUGUGCAUCAAACUGCUCAUGAAAAUGACAGAACUCUAUCUGUGGAUGAACCAUCAAUGUUGACUGAGACCUGGACCCUCAUGACAGGUGGCAAUUCCUGUAACCAGCAACCACUGGAUCUCUCCAAUACAGUCAAAAGUAUUGAAGAUGUAGCUUUAGCUGAUGCUGCACUGGAUUUGAGUUUGCAAAAAAAGAGCCUGGACGAAUCUGAAUUGACCUUAAAUGUACUUUCGCAGUCAGUUUUGAAAGAAAAAUCAAAUGCAUGCAUGGUGGAGAAAGCCAUAAUAAAUAUUGGUGGGCAAAGUGUAAGCCUAGGGAAUUCUGAGACUCCUUUAGUCUCAGACUUUGCCAUAGUCACAGGUUCAGAUAUAGUGACCCCAGUGGAGCCUGUUACAGAAGGGCUUGUUUAUGGACUUGCCCUGCCUCCCAGUUCUCUGACUCCUUCACCUGCCUCCCUUACUCCUGUUGCCUUGCAGCCAGCUUCCCCAUGCACUAUAGCAUUUGCAUCCCCAACCUCACAUACCAUGCUCCCUACUGCCCCUUCAUUAAUCACAGUUUUGGCACCAUCGCCUAUUUCUAAUCCUACAAGUCAACCAAUUCAGGUAUUGGGCCCAAGUCUAUCUCCCAAACCCUUGGUAAUCUGCACAGAAAAUGCAUUAAAUUCUUCAGAGUGUGAUUUAACAAACCUGGUCACUCUUUACAAACCCCUUGACCAGACUUUAAGUCUGCCUGGUCAUGUGUUUCUCACUGAUCAAAUUGCUCUCAGUCCAUCCAUGGACAAGUCCACUCCUGUGUCUGAUGUGCCAUUUACAUCCACUGUAACUUUAAAUGACUCCCUCAUCAAUUCUUACAACAUUACCAGUAACACAGUGUUGAUAGAGUGCACAAUAGCUCUUGAAGCCCCAGGGAGUGUAGUCCCUGCUGCAAUUACCUUACAAGAAAAUACUGCAGAGCCUCCAGCACCUACACAGAUGGUUGUUAAUCACAUAGAACAGCAGCAGAUUCUAUCUGUGCCCAACCCUCAUAUUGUGGACCCCACUAUUCUUGUGUCCUCUAUCGCAGAACCAGUAACCCUAGCCAACUCGGCGGUAUCUGAUUGUCCUGCUGUAGGGGAACCAAUUCCUGACCCAAAGGCUGACUCACAGCAUGACCCACAGCCUGUUAAUGCAGAGCCACCAACCACAAAAGAGGAAGAAGCUAUUAACAGUUCUGUUUCCAUCCUCAAAAUCCAAUCUGAAAUAUCAGCCCCUUCUGACAAAGCUCAAUGGAACGAAGCCUCAAACAACACACCAACUGAUGCACUACAACAGAGUUUCACCAAGAAUUUCAUCUGCAAUGUGUGUGAUAAGCUUUUUCAUUCAAUGAAAGAGCUAGGCCAUCAUGUAAGUGACCAUGCCGAUGAAUGGCCCUAUAAAUGUGAGUUCUGUGUGCUGGUCUUUGGCAAGCCGUCUGCUUUGUUGGACCAUAGAUCAAGCCUCCAUGGUGUCGGCAAGACUUAUGUUUGCAGUGCAUGUACAAAAGAAUUUGUAUACCUUUGCAAUUUGAAACAGCAUCAGGAGGAGUUGCAUCCCGGCCAGCAGUGUACAUACACAGAAGAAGAAAAAGGAAAACUAAGACCACAGAACUACAACAGCUCAUCAAAAGUCAACACAGAGCCUUCAGUGCCUGAUGCUCCAGAGGAACCCAAUACAUUUGUGAAAAAGGAAGAAGGGGAAGUGGAUGUGGCUGCUGAAGAACUGUUUACUACUGUAAAAGUCAUGGCCUCAGAUGGAAGCAAAAUCAAAGGGCCUGAUGUUCGUCUUGGCAUUAACCAACACUAUCCCAGCUUCAAGCCCCCUCCAUUUCCUUACCAUAACAGAUCACCCACUGGCUCAUUGGCUUCAGCCACGAACUUCACCACCCACAAUAUCCCACAAACCUUUAGUACAGCUAUUCGGUGCACCAAGUGUGGAAAGAGCUUUGAUAACAUGCCAGAGCUGCACAAACAUAUCCUGGCUUGUGCAAAUGCCAGUGAUAAAAAGCGAUACACACCCAAAAAGAAUCCCAUCCCUCUGCGCUACUUUGCAAAAUCUGAGAAUGGAGUGCUGUCUACUACAAAUUCUACUAAUGGACUAAAUGUUUCCAACAGAGCGAGUCAGUCACACAGAUCCAAAUCUAAUCGUGAAUCACCAGUAAAGUUUAAAUUCAAAGUACUGAACAAAGAAAGGAAAAAAGAGCAAAAGAAGAAAAAGUUAGUCCACAGAGUUAUGCCACAGAGGAACAAGUCAGACCCUUCAUCAAAAGUGCCAUCUGCACAGGUGGAUGAGCAGCAGGACGUAUUUGUCUGCCCACAUUGUAGCAGGGAGUUCACCAUGCGUCGUAGCAGAACGAAACACAUGGCAGUGUGCCCCAAAAAACCCAAAGAGGUGAAGAAACGAAAAGAAGGAGGAAUCUCUGUGACAAAGGAAAAUGAUGGACACAUGCACAGAGGGGUUUCUUGUGUUGAUGAGAAGCAGCAAGCCACACCUCAACACAAAACAAGACUGCAGACAUCCAGCUCCACUAAGAGGCCUGCCAUCCUACCAGUGCAGACUGUCUUUGCAAACAAAAGAAGUAAAAUAAUUAUAAAAGAGGGCACACAGCCAAAGCAAGAGACACCAACUCUCAAUGAACUUCCCAUUGUCCGCACUUUCAACCCUGCUAUGCGCCAGUAUAGCAGAGUGCAGCAUAGCAUCAAAAGAAUCCCCAUUAAAAUCACCAUAGUGAAACCACGACAGACUGUACCACAGAAUGAGCUGCCUCCCACCCAGAGCUGCGAAGAGGCAGCAGGAGGCGCUACCAGCGGUUCUGAGCAAAGUGCUAUGUCUUGAAGACUACAUGUCCAUCGGGGGAUCAGCAGGACCCUGCUGUGUGGAACUCCCCAUACAUCUUUAAUCAUACUAAAGAGAGACAAUUGCUUCACACUGUAAACCCAAUCAGCCCUGUAGUUUGCAUUAUACUGUACAACAAUAAGUAACUGAAUAUUGGAUGGAUAAAACAGGCGACCAAGGAUACUGCAGCGAGUGGAUGUGUUUGAGUAUUUGAAUGCUUUUGUAGUAGCCUGGGGUUUUGUAGAUUUCUUCUUCAUUUGUAAACUUUCUGGCAGCAGUUUGGAUUUGCACUUUGACGUUAAUCUGUCUGCUGUCAUGAAUUGGAAAGGAAGUGGGGGGGACCUGAGCUGGAAGGCUGCUCUCAUUUCUUCCUUAGAGAGGAUGGCAGGUGGCAAUCAUUUUCAGCAUAUGUUUGCACUUUUCCUUAUCUGUUGUCUGUGGCUUUUUGGUUUAAAUUUUUACUGCAUGCUGUGCACUUGUACUACAGUUAAUUAAUUUAGGAUGUUUAGGAUAUUAUGUUGACUCUGUUAGGCCUGAAUCUGAUAUUGCUCUGUUGGUUUGAUUGACAUUAGCCAGUGUAUUUACAUGAAACGCGUAGAGAUUCAACAGAAUCAUA